UUACAUGGAAAUAGUUUACUGCAAAAAUCUCUCGGGUUACACGGCGACGCGUCAUUGGUUACCUUUCGUCUAAUUCCAAUCGACCAAGGAUCUGAUUAUAAGGAAAAUAGCGAUUAUAAUAAGCCUUAUUACAGAGCAACCAUAAAUUAUUCGUACCCUGCCAAGUUAGAUGAUGUUGCAUCUACCAAUAUCAAAGUUGAUGAUAAUGAUUCUGCAUCAGUUAUUGAACAUGUCAAACAGAUGAUUCGAAAAUUAAGACCAGAAUGCGAGACGACCGAAAUUUUAUUAGAAUUAUGGAAGCUAGCUCCUAAAGCAAUUCCAAUCGAUCUGGAAAAAUACCCAUUUAAAACUUAUAAUCCAACUCAACGAAGAAAUUAUCGAGACAUUAACCCAUCAUCUGUCAGUCAUUGGAAAAGUAGUCGAAUAACGUUGUUAGGAGAUGCCGUUCAUGCAAUGAAUCCUAUACUUGGAUUAGGAACCAAUAACGCUAUUCAAGAUGCCGAUUUGCUCUCUCAAGCGUUAAUUAAUUCAUCAUCAGAAGAUUUUAUUUCUAGCAUUCAAGGUUAUGAAAAUGAAAUGCGAAAAGAGCAUCCGCUGACGUGUUAA